UGGAGCGAACUACCAAAUCUUCGAGAGCUUGUAUUGGACGGACGAAUUAUCCUCCAGUUCGAUACGCUGCCUCUUGAUCACCCUUUGGAGAGGCUAUGCGUUCAACAAUGGAACGCUGAAGUCAUCUCUUCUUGGAUAAAUUCAAACAAUCUACGACAAGUCACAAUAUUGGGUGGACUCUGGAAGAAGGACGGAUUUGGGGGAGGACGGGGCACAGCAUCUAUCAGCAAUCCAGAUAUGAAUCGGCUCUUGGAGAAGGCAGAAAGGCGUGGCCAUUGGCCUGCACCUUGGAUCCUGCUACUGGAGUUUCCCGUCUCAAUUUUCCUUGAAGAUGUAAUUGCCACUAUAAUGAUAUUUUCACUCCCUCAUUCAAUAGUUCCGAGCUAA